AUGGUCCAUUACGGAGUUCCUGCGGAUCUCCUCGAGUUCCGUGACGAGUUCUUCCCUCAGCCAACCCCAGCCUCCACUACUAGACCGAAACCUAACCUCACGCUGGAUGCCGCUGCCGUCAAUGUCCACGGUCUUGCUCCAGGACUGAAGAUGUCCGAGUGCGGAGAGCGGCCGGAUCCCGCCACCAUCAAUCCCGAAAGCAGGAAGAUCGAUGCUGCCUUCUACAAUGUUGAUGAUGUCCCGGACGAUGGUCGACAGCGCUGGGCCGAUCAAAUCCUGUCAUUAGAAUUCAAGCGCGACGAUGUCUCCUUGGACCCCUUCGACGAAGAGGAAGAGAACAUCUGCAGUACUCCUACUCUGACUCCCAACGCCCAGCACGUGGCUCUCUUCACGCUCGUCGUCCUCGGUACUCGGAUCCGCUUCGUUCGCUGGGACCGUUCUGGAACGGUGGUCACUAGAGCCUUCGAUUAUGUCCAGAAAUGGAAUGUGUCUUGCGAGAUCCUGUGGCGUAUCGGCAACUGCACGAUGACGCAGCUCGGCUUCGACCCUAGCGCGACUCGACUGUACCCUGGCCAAGCGGAAUACAACCUGAUGGACACCGCUGCCGACAACGUCGAGGGUGACGUCGUUGGGACAGAGCACGUUGUCUCUGGAUCCAAGCUCCCAGAUGGGCAUUUCAAGUACAUCAUGAAGAAAGAGUCCUACAUCCUCCGUUCCCUCCUUGAUCCUGCGCUCAAAGGACAGGCACGCGCGCCUGACCUUGAGAUGCGUGAGCUCGCGCCAAAGGUGCACAUCGAUAAGAAUGAGGAGUUUGCCGAGGACAACAACCCCGUAUUGCGGUUUCGGCCGACUCUACCGCGGUCUCGUACCCCCGCUGCUUGGACAUACCCCGCUUUGUUCACAAUCUUCCGCGAAGAAGGGCCCGCAGCGCUAUACAAAGGUUUCGUGCCUAAGGUUCUCCGUCUGGCGCCUGGAGGCGGUGUCCUCUUGACGGAAGAUGUUAAGCGUGUGAACUCUACCACGAGCAAGCUCUUGGUCCGCCAUACGUCUGAGCUGGCUCCGGACUUGAGCGUGUCGGACAUCAGUACCACAACACCGCUGUGCUGCUAG